GGCAGAAAUAUUACAGCACAUCCAUCUGUCAACCUACCUAGGCUUAACUUAUUGACAUGAAAAUAUUUUGACAAAAUUAACACCUAAGCAGAUUUAAUACCAAAGCUCAUUGUAGCGCAAUUGACAUUGCGUUACAAUGAGUACCAUCUCAAAUAUCCAGGGAGCAGAUCAAGUGGUGUAUGUACAUUGUAAAAUACACUGACUCACUUCACUGCCUGUAGUAUUUGAUGAAGACCGUGGGCUCGAGCGAAUACCUUAUGCAGGAGCAGUACAACUUUGAGUCCUCCACAUCGGCUCUACUCCCUCAGUCACCUCCUAUUGUUCGACAGCAGAGCAGCAGUAACUCCACCAUGCGCAAGUAUCAACAGCUAACCCUGGCCAUCAUGGCCGUGGUCAGCUUUGUGGCCUUCAUAUACUACAAACAUGAAUACGAACGUUUACGCUACACUUUACAGUACAUGGAGACUUUUGGUGAGCCGCCUCCACUUGAUAAGGAAAUGUCUCAGCAAUGUUUGUUCAUGGCACAACUGAGAUCUGCCACUCCUGCUGCUGAGUGGACCACCGUCUCCCCUGACAUCGCCGUGUAUACUUCGUUUUGGGACGAUUACAGUGGCCUGGGCGAGGCUAAACUAAGAACCAUAGCCUUGAUCUCGAACUCGUUGCACCCUACCAACGACCUUGAUGUUAAAGUCUCUUAUGAAACAGGGGAAUAUGUUCUUGCUUCGUGCGAAAUGGAAAAAGCUGAGAAUCGUAACCAUGUUCGUGGUGCAAGUGAUGCCUUCCAUGUUGUUUAUCUCGUGUGCAGUCCAGUAUAUACCAAAGACACGCAGCAUUUGCAUACUGUCGCCCCAUACCUUGUCCAGUUCAGCACCGAACAAGGCAAGUGGACAGAUUAUAAAUUCGUUCAUGAGAGUGAUAGUUAUAAAACUAUGCUGGACAAGAGUGCUGUAUGUGUACCUCCCAACACAUCUCCUACUCAUUCCCUUAACUAUGUUGAGUUUAUCUCCUUCUAUCAAGUGCUAGGCGUGAAGAAGUUUGUAUUUUAUGGCAAUGGUCUCACCCCCACGACGCGCGAGCUUUUGAAUAAAUAUGUUGAUGAAAUGGCUAUCAUGGUUGAAGAGAAAAGCUUUAAUUACGUCCCAGCUCUUCAUUCUCUGCAAAGUGGCGAAGGCUUGAAAACGCUCGAAUACAUCACGCGACAAGUUGUUGAACUCGACUGUAUGUACAGACAUAGGGAUGCCUUUGAAAAUGUCAUUGUAUUGUCUAUCAACGAGUUCAUCAUCCCAAACCAGAAACAGAGUCUGCUGGAAGUGCUGAAGUCUUUGUCCGGAGCGAGUGGUCGAGGAAAAGCCGUAUCAGAAUUCCACUUGAGUACGCAGAAAGUUUGUGUGGACCCUCAACACGGAAUAUCUCAGCCAUCGAACUUAUUGCUAAGUCAGCAGACGCGGAGUGCUGGAGGACUGGCUGAAGAAGGUACAGCCAUCCUACGCCCUCAUCUGCUAACGUCUGCAGCAGGCAGGCUGGGUGCUCCUGGUGGGGUAAUGGAGCAGCACGUGUCACCCGCGUCCGCUGUCGUCUACAAAUACGGACAUUGUCCUACCACCGACACCCACUCGGACGUUGUGCAUUUGCCUACCAGGAUCAAAUUCAUCGAUCUUGUAGAAAAGUCGGUGUUUUAUCGCAAGUGGAAAGUGGCAAACAUCCCCUUCUAGCCGUUUGUUGAAAAAAAGCCACUUUGUUACAAUGUAAAUGAAUUGUUUCUAAGUAUUAUGCGUUUUUCAUAUUAUUAGUUCAUCAUGAUGUACAUUAAAUUAAUUCAAUCAAAUUUCAUUUAUAAUUAAAAUUGAUUUAACACAAUAGUUUUACGUAGACAAAAUACAGAGAAGUUUGCUUCGUGGGCAGGGUUACAUUUACUCAAUUUGAUCCUAUUUUAAUCGCGUCAAAAUGUUCAUGGGUGUUUCGGAGGCGCCUAUCUGAUGAUAUUAGUCGUAUUGUUUAAUUUUAGUUCGAAUGUCUGCUGUUGAUAUUAAAUGUUUGAAGAUUCGUCACAUUCUAAGAGUCCUAUGCCGCUUCAGAGGGUUGGAGUUAUGUUCUAAAUGCCAACAUUUAUAAAUCUACCUUAUUACUCUAAAGAAUAAUUUUAGAAUAAAUUAGAAAUUUUAUUUUGUAAAAUUGAAUUUUGUUUAAAUCAAGGUUGAAGAAAUUCUACUCUGUGACAGUCGUUGUCACAUUUGUCCGCUACAUCGUUUGCACAAUUAUCAUCACACAGCUCAAUGUGUUGACUCACGUCGCUUACUGCGCGUUAUUUGUGUAAGCCAUCAAUGGAGUUGUAUUUUAGUCGCGCGUCACGUGAAAUAAAGAUCAUAAGUUGGAGAAACGUGGUGCCAUUUAAAUUAGUGUUGAGUGUGCCGAACAGGCGUGAGUGUCGAAAAAUUUGGAAUAGGAUUAUACAUACCAUUUUGUAAUGCACAAUAAAAAAAUUUCCAAGCCCUUUUUCAAAGACGAGAACUUCUAGAAUAUGAACAUCGUUCACAGUGGCCUUUUUGAUUUCAAGGAUAUAAAAAAGUGAGGAUUGUAACGAUUAUGGAAGACCAGAUUAUGAUCGUUCUUCUGAGUGGGAGAAACGACCAUAAAGAAUCCGCUCCAAAAGCCAACUUUAAGCCAUGUUUUUCAUCAAGUCGUUCUGAAAGGCACAGGUGUAAUAUCAUUGUCGCAAAACCAUCCUUAUCAAGCGAAUAUACCAUUACGCCUAGUACGUCUUCCUGUCGCGGUAACAUCUUCGUGGCAGAUUUUUUUUUAAAUUUUCGCUUCAUCAGCUGUUCAGGUAGAUUAAAACACAUAUAAAGUUAGAUAAAAUUACAAAGUUUAGUUAUUCAAAUUUAAUCUUUAUUAGGACCACGCGUUGCACGCCUACUCUUAGCUUACUUUGAUCCAGAUUUAUGUUGCUUCUAUUACAUAACCAACUGUACCGUUUACAUGUUUAUUUAAAACAAUUUUGUAUAAAAAAAUGCAUUAUUGAGACAAAAAAGAAAUAAAAUUUUACUCAGCUUAAUAUUUCCAUGGCAUUAUUAUACUCUCCUAUACAAGUAACAGAAUUUCUCGUGCGGCAAAGAAAGUAACAUUUCCGUUUCCUACUCGACAAAUGAAUGAAUUUACAGGUUUUUUUUUUUUUGAAGAAAGCAUUCAACUGCACAGCUUUGUGCUGUAAUCUCCAGCCUGAAGAUUUUCAUCACGUGACAGGAGUUGCCGAUGCUCUUAGCUCCAAUUUGGCGUACAUUUCCCUGCAAAAAAUAUCACGGUCAUAAAAAAUAUCAUAAAAAAUAUAAAUAAAAAUAUCAAUGCCCCGCGUUACAACUCUGUUUACUGCUUGAUCAAUGUGACUGUAAAAUUAUGAUCUUAACAAUCUGACUUCUUCCAAUAAAUACUGAAAACC